GUGACUUUCUUGUGCUCGUGCUAACUUUCUGGUGGAAGUUGGACAGCUUUAGUGCCUCAACUCACAACAAACCCUCUGAGGUUGAAGGCUGGCCCAUCGCAGCCGCUUCUUCUCCUCCUCCGCUUGUUUUCUGGGAGUCCCUCCGUCCCGCUCCCACCCCCCGGUCUCUCCGCAGUCACGGCGGGAGUGGGUGUGUCGAUCCGAGGCAGCAGUUGCUUGCUGCUUGUGCGCACUCUGAAAAACGAGGAAAAAAGUUGGUGAUGAGUUUUGAGUGAGCGGCCCGCCUCGGAGCAGGCUAACAACACUCCAAGAAUGGCAGUUUGGACUAGAGCGGAUAAAAAUGGUCAACUGGAUCUUCUGCUCCGGGACCGCUGGAUCCGAGUAGCCGCCGAGCUCACGCGAGAAACGCUGACUUUAACGGCCGAAGCGGAGGCAACCGGACAGGGGAGCAAUCACUGGGACUACUCUUCGGCUGGCUUGCGAAAUGGCAUGUCGAACGGAAAUGACCCGGGAGUGGGUUUGGGGAGCCCUGGUCGCAGUCCGUCGUUGGGUCAAGAUCAACUUCAGAACCAUGGAGUUAGGGGGCGAAGUAGCAGUCCAGGUCGAGGAGGCGUCAAUCGGGGUCAGUACGAUGGCAACUACGGUAUGAACAGCUCUGGAAAGUACCCGAUUAACGGCACAAACUCUGACUUCGGUAGCCCCGGUUCCAGCUACGGUAGUCCUGGGUCAAGCUUCGGGUCGAGGCAAGGCGACUUCCCCGUCAGCCUGGAUGGCUCCUCCGAAGCUGUGCGGAAAGUCCGAGUAGUGAAACAGGAGUCUGGCGGGCUGGGGAUCAGUAUAAAGGGUGGGCGCGAGAACCGGAUGCCCAUCCUCAUCUCCAAGAUCUUUCCCGGGCUCGCCGCAGAUCAGAGUCGGGCUCUCCGGGUGGGCGACGCGAUCCUAUCGGUAAACGGGAACGACCUCCGGGAGGCAACGCACGACAUGGCGGUGCAGGCGCUUAAGAAGGCCGGGAAAGAAGUGACGCUGGAGGUGAAGUACAUCCGUGAGGUGUCCCCGCUCUUCAAGAAGCCCUCCCUGGUUGCCGACYUGCCGUGGGACAGCGUUCGCCCGCAGUCGCCCAGCUACAGCAGCAGCGACGACUCGGGCUCGCCCAAGCACAGCGGCUCCACCAAAGACAGGAAGGUGAUCAGCCUGAAGAUGUGCUUCAUCAGCAGGAACCUCACCAUGCCUGAUCUGGAGAACAGACUCCUGGAGCUGCAUUCCCCGGACGGCCAGCACACGGUGGUCCUGCGCUGUAAAGACGGACCGACGGCCAGCUCCUGGUUCACCGCCGUGCACACCAACAUCGCUGCGCUGCUGCCACAAACUCUGGCSCACGUCAACGCCUACCUGGGGGCUUCGUCUGCAGCCUCCACACACCCCCACCUCAAACACAUCGGCUGGCUGGCUGAACAGGUGCAGCUGGAAGGCGGGCGGCACCAGUACCGGCCCGUCAUCAUGGCGCUGACAGAAAAAGACAUCCUCCUGUUUGAGUCGGUGCCGUGGAGCCGAGAGUCCUGGUCCAUGCCCCUGCUCACGCACCCAGUGCUCGCCACCAGACUGGUUCACUCUGGAAGCGCUCAGGGUUCUCCCUCCCGGGAUUCAGAGCUGGUGUUUGCCACCCGGACCGGCACCGGGCGGGGCGUCGAGUCCCACAUCUUCAGAGUGGAGACCCACUGGGAYCUGUCCACGUGGACCCGGGCUCUGGUGCAGGGGGUGCACGCUGCCGCCGAGCUCAUCAAAGAAGUCUCCAUUGGCUGCACGUUGAACAGACAGGAUGUUCGGCUGAUGCUGCACUACGAAAACGGCUUCACCGUGACGAGGGAGCCGGUGGAUCAAACCGGGGGAGCCGUGCUCUUCAGGUACCCCUACAACAAGCUCAAAAUGUCCGCUGACGAUGGAAUACGGAACCUCUACCUGGACUUUGGUGGUCCGGAGGGAGAAAUGGUGUUCGACCUCCACUCGGGUCCGAAGCCGGUGGUCUUCGUCCUCCACUCCUUCCUCUCAGCCAAGCUCGCACGUCUGGGCCUCCUGACGUGAAGCGACAAGCCACGACAACGCAAACAAAAGAACUUCUUUUACAACUGAUCACAUUUCAUMCAGUUUUCCAGUUCACGGCUGCGGGCGGGCCUGAGGCGGCGGCGACGCUGCGGCGAACGUAAAAAACGCCCACAAACGUGCCUUCCAGUUCCCCCUCAUCCUCCACCUUCAUCUGUGCUGCGACUCUGCGAGCUGAGGUGAAACUGAGGACAGCUUGGCUUCAACUUGUGAAGAUUAAGACUUUUUCAACAAGAAACAAAACAGGAGUCAUAACAUUCCACAGAAAAAUGUUUUAAACUUUAAGUGAGGAAAAGUAAGAUGCACUCGAAGUAAAGAAGAGUUUUUAGGCAGAUAACAGAGUUUAAAGGUAAACACUCUUCUCUGCCUAUCAUUCCGUACAGCCUUCCAGUGUCACUUUGUUUGUUGCCUCAUCAUCUGAGGAAGAUGCUGUUUUACACUCAGACACAGUUUCCUGAACGAGGACUGAACCGGACCACAUCAGUGUGUCUGCACACCGUCACAAACUACUGGUCGUAAUCAGGUUUGCCGACUGUGCCUUGUUACACUGAGUGAGCGACACUCCACCAUGUUUUCUAUUUGCUUUCAUAUAAUAAGAGGUUUUAAGCUUUGAACACAUAGAAUCACUCAAAACCAUGUUACUGUGUUUUUAACAUCCCUGAUAGCAGGACUUCCUGACAUUGAAAUGUAACAAUUCUUUGUUUCCUCUUGUCGGUACACUUCACUUCAAUUUUAUUUUUCUUGUUUUCAGACAACUUUUCUCCACCAGGGAAAUGGUUUAAAGGCAUCAGAAAGGUUUGCACAUAGAAGGAAAUCCAGGGGGCUGUCUGAGGGGUCUGCACUCACAAUUUUUAAAAAUCAGAGAUGAUCCCUUUCAAUAAAUUAUUUGUAGAACCUAUACUUUUAAUCAAUUUUUAAAAAAGCAUGUCCACCAUUUAUAUAAGCAAAACAAAACAUUUAUACCUUUGAUAAAUAAUUAACCUAAAGCCUGGUUUAUACUAAAAUAUGACAUGAGGCAGUGGUGCUUAUGUAGUUUCAAAUGUCUUUUUUUUUUUUGACGUGGCGGGGGAUAAAUCAUAAUUUCUCCCUCUCCCCUCCCACAGCACKAACAGAAGCACAGUGCAGAGCUAAGCAUAUAAAAAGUGAUAGAUUGUUUUCACUCAACGAUGAAUCACUGCUGUGUUGGGUGAAGAGUCGAAGGAGGAAAAAUCAUUAUUAUUAUUAUUAUUAUCAUUAUUAUUAUUGUCCCCCCUAAAAUUUGCUUUUAUUAAAUUUGAAACAGCAUCAUAGGACAGAGCUACAGAUCUCUUCAGUAACAGCUUCAUACUUAGUUUCUCUCUACAGCCUCUGUUGUUUUGGGCUUCACUGACUUCACACCAUAGGAAAACAAAACAACCCUUUCUGUAUUCCCUCCUGCCCGAAAGACCUUUUUCUGUUGUAAAGUCAAUGUUUGUCUAAUAAUUUAAAUUGACUUUUAAAUGAAACUGAAAGCACAGCAUUGUAUAUUUCCUUUUUUCAGGCUUGGUUAAUUCUGUUAAAGCAGAAGUAGACUACUUCCCUUUAAACGUCACAACGCUUUAGAUAAAGUCAGCUCAAAACAGUUCCUGUUACAUUUCAUAAAGCUUGUGAUUUUGUUCGAUUUUAUUUUGUCAGUCAUGUUCUUGUCGCCUGAUCUUACUCUGUUAUCUUGGUCAAUCUUAAACAAGCUUCAGGCCGUCCAGUUUUCACUCGAGUGCAGUAACAUGCAAAUCCUGUUAAACCUGUGAAUGUACACCUUAUCAACACCUUCACUCUUUUUCGGAAAUUAUGGCUCUGUUGUCUAUGCAAAUUAAUGCUUCAAAGAAGUUGUAUUUUUAACCAAAGGUAUUAUUUGUGGCAGCUUGCGUCCUGUACAAUCACAAAACUGAAAUCCACAAGAGGAUAAAGUGCUGCUGCAACAACUUGUCAUAUACAAAGUAUUUUAGAUUCCUAACAGUAUACAACGUGUAAUAGUUAUGUAGUUAUCUAAAGUGUAAAUACCUACCAAUAAAUUGUUGGUGAAUACA